CCAUUUCUCCCGCUCGUCCUUUCGAGGAUACGCUAAGAAGAUCGCACGGAAGGACGCGUUUGCGCAGGAAUUGAAGAAUCCUCGCUCCCUGGAUCCUCGAUAUAUCCGCGGUGGUAGGCGAAAGUGCGGAUUGUUCGGUCGUGGCUCAUUCAACGUACACCGGUUGGACCUUACGAUCUUCGUCGUCGUCGCUAGCAACAGGUUUUCAAGGACCAAACAGAUCAUCAUGGACAUUCAGGAGUUUCGCAUGCGUGGCAAGGAGAUGGUGGAGUACAUUUGCGAAUUUAUGAGUAAUAUUCACAAUCGGAGAGUAACACCGGACGUUGGCCCCGGAUAUUUGAGACCCCUCCUACCAUCGGAAGCACCGCGGGAACCUGAACCUUGGGAGGACAUCAUGAGGGACGUCGAAUCGAAGAUCAUGCCCGGAAUAACUCACUGGCAACAUCCACGGUUUCACGCGUACUUUCCAGCUGGAAAUUCUUUUCCAUCGAUUCUUGGCGAUAUGUUGUCGGAUGCAAUAGGUUGCAUUGGGUUUUCAUGGGCGGCCAGUCCAGCCUGCACGGAGCUCGAGACGAUAGUCUGUGACUGGUUCGGCAAAGCUAUUGGUCUACCGACGGACUUUCUUUAUUUUAGCCCUGGUAGCAAAGGAGGUGGUGUGAUACAAGGCUCAGCUUCGGAGUGUGUUUUAGUGUGUAUGCUGGCAGCAAGAGCACAAGCUAUCGGUAGAUUAAAAGAGUUACCUGCUCACGCACAUUUGGACGAAACUGCUCUUUUAGGAAAAUUAAUGGCUUACUGUAGUCGCGAAAGUCACAGCUGUGUCGAAAAGGACGCGAUGAUCUGCUUCGUAAAAUUAAGGAUUUUGGAGCCCGACGACAAGAGCGUUCUUCGUGGUGAAACUUUGCGUCAGGCAAUCGAAGCUGAUACAGCCGAAGGAUACAUCCCCUUUUUCGUUUCAACUACUUUAGGCACAACUGCUUGUUGCUCCUUCGAUAAUCUCAGAGAAAUCGGUCCAGUUUGUAAAAAAUAUCCAGGCGUAUGGUUACACGUGGAUGCGGCUUACGCAGGCAACUCGUUCAUUUGUCCGGAACUAAAGUACCUGAUGGCUGGUAUCGAAUACGCAGAUUCUUUCAACACCAACACGAACAAAUUCCUAUUAACGAACUUCGAUUGUUCCUGUCUCUGGGUUCGUGACAGAUUCAAGCUGACAGGCGCGCUCGUCGUCGAUCCUCUUUACCUGCAGCAUACUCACGCGGAUACAGCCAUCGAUUAUAGACACUGGAGCAUACCACUGAGCCGACGAUUUCGUUCCUUGAAGCUGUGGUUCGUGAUGAGAAGCUACGGGAUAUCCGGUUUGCAGGCCUACAUUCGAAAUCACGUUCAAUUGGCGAAAAGAUUCGAGGCGUUGGUGAGGAAGGAUUCGAGAUUCGAGCUCUGUAACGAAGUUGUGUUGGGCCUGGUUUGUUUCCGAGCAAAAGGCACCGACAAGCUAAAUCAGAAGCUUCUCAGUGCUAUCAAUGAUUCUGGAAAGCUGCAUAUGGUGCCAGCCAGAGUGAAUCAACGCUUCACGAUUCGUUUCGCACUUGCUGCGCCGAAUGCCACCGCUUCUGACGUUGACAUAGCGUGGAGCAUAAUCACGGAUUAUCUAGCUGAGUUGUUAGAGUCCAAGGAUGUCAUGGACGAGUUGACACAGAGGAAAAUGCUCGAGGAGAAGAAGAGAGCCACUUUGGAGCAAAGAAGGUCCUUCUUCGUCCGCAUGGUGUCUGAUCCUGCGAUUCAGCCUGGUUUUACGAAGACGCCAAACAGGACAGGGGGAAAACUCGAUACUCAAGCAACCAUCGGUGGUAUCGGUUCGAAUCCUACGAACAGCGCAACUAUGUCUGACGGUAGACGUUCGUGGAUAUCGUGGCCACUAGCGUAUCUGAUGAAGGACGCCGCCGAUACUAGCGAACUAUCUCUUAGAUUUCGUCAUCUGGAUACCAUGGUACGGCUGAAAGCAAGCGGUACCGGAAGUCGUCGCGGAAGCAGCAACGGAUGCAGUCCGGAUCCAUCGCCAUCCGCUUCGCCGUCCCGUGGAAGAUCGCCAAAUGGCAGAGCGUAAAACCUUGCCCGAUCCUUCAUCGUUUUUUUUUUCUCUAAAGUUUCGAAAGUUUCUCCAGAUACAUUGACAGGAAUGAAACUUAUAUAACGAAGCAACAACGAUUCUCGCAAUCGAAUCACGUACGGAUACUGCCGACGGAAUCGUCGAUUAAAAAGAAACGGUGCAAGAUUCUCAAACAAGAAAAUUCCCUUAAAAUUGCUCAGCAACAGUCGACGAAUGAAAAUAUGGUCGAAAUUGAUCGACGACCCUGUUUGAUCGUGGCAUCGUUUUUCGUCGCCUGUUUAGUUAGCCCUUCGGGACUGUGUGCAGUAGUUGCAAAGUUUCGCGUU